CUUCUUUUGCUACUACUUCUUUGCUGCGAAGUAGUUGUCAUGGGGGGAAGACAAAUAAAAUCAACGUACAGAACAGAGUCGAAGCAAAGCAGUCCGACUCUGAAAUCAGAGAAUGGUGGUUUUGGUGAUUCGGCUGCAGUUUAUUGGGAGGGUGAUUUCCACCGGGCAACAACCCCUGCUGACAAUCCGGCUGUCGGCCAUCCAUUUGAUGCAGAAGGGGAGGGAUUUGAGCAUUCUGAUAAGAAAUCUAACUAUGUUUUUCCACCCCCAUCUCCGAUUACUAGCCCAGGGGUAGGACAGUAUCUUGCAGACAAUGAACCAGUAAGCAGGAGUCCCCCUAGCAUUGAUGAUUUUCUUCGUCCCACAACACCAGGAAAUUUGUCAGGAGUUGGACAUCAUUCUUACGUACAAGAAAAGGGGGAGAAUGACGAAAAAUUGGUAAGCAAUAGCUCAAGCAGCACUGAUCAAUUCCGACCUACAAAUCCUGGCCCCAGUCCUGGUGGUGGUGGCCACUCUGAUCGAAACUAAAAAUUUGAAGAACAUAAAUUGAGCUCUCCACUGGCAGCAAGGGAAGCUCUUAGGACGUGUGUUUAAUUUUUCCUUUUCAAAUUAGGUUUUCUCGGUUGGUAAGCAGUUUGCAAUGUAAUAAAAAGUAGGUCUCCUGCAAGUUAAGUGCGUUGUUGUAAUAUAUGCAUGUGUCAAAUGCCAAUAGGGAAGCAGUUACUAGUUUUAAGCAAGUUUGUUUACGUUUAUGUUAUGUA